AGGAAAGAGGAGGAGGAAAGAAUCGAGGAGGAAAGAAGGCGGCAGGAAGCAGUAGAGGAAGAAAGGAGGAAGGAGGAUAGCCAGGAAAGAGUUUGGAAAAGGGUUGGUAGGAGCAAGAUAGACGAGAUAGAUGAGGAGAUCAUAGAAGAAAGACGGAAACUACAGGAAAGUAGGGAGAAAGAAGAAGAAGAGAGACAACUCGAUGAAGAAGGAAAGCAGCUAGAAGAGGAGAAGCGGAAGAUAGAGGAGGAGGAGAGAAGGUUAGAAGAAGAGAAGAGAAAAUUAGAGAGAAGGAAACGUGACAAGGAAGCAAAGCAGAGAAGACAGGAAGAAGAGAGGCUAGAGAAAGAAAGGGAGCUUGAGAAGAAGAGAUUAGAAGAGGAGGAGAAGAGACUGAAGGCAGAGAUUAGACAGAUUGAGAAGAAUUCAGAAGGCAACACAGAAGAGACCCCAGAAUGUAGAGUUGUUGAGCUUGUCAGUGAUAACAAGACUAUUUCCAUAAACCUUCCUGAAUGCCAGAGUGAACAAAUCCAAAUAGUUACCAAGGUUACGAUUGCCACAUCUUACUAUGUCAAGACAAAGAAUGGAUAUGUUCUAAAAAGAAGAUUAAUUGACUCUCACUAUCCAGAGAAAAGACCAAAAGUUACAAAGUAAUUUGUUGUACAUUUUUAUGAUCCUCAUGUAUUUUGUAUGAGCUUUAUGUAUCUUAUGACGUUUAAGAAUAUUUUUUUUAUGUGCAUGAAUGAAUAUUCAUGUAUUUUGUAUUGCUAUAUAUUGAAAUUUAAUGCUAUUUAUAUAGUCACUGGGACAGUGACUUAUUUGGCAGGGGGUAGUGUGAAGGAAACCCCCCUUCGUGAAUAGGAAAAUCUCAUCUUAAAAGAGAUAUUUAGAUUUCUAAAAUGUCCUUUUCA